AAACGCACAAGCAGUCAUCGGAGCCUUGACUCUAGGCCAGGGCACAAUGAAUGCAAGCAGAGACAAUUGUUCUUGGAGGAGGGAUGUGGAGGACGCUUGUCCUGACCCCGAAAUCAACUUCUCCUUGUAUACCGUAAGGGAUAAUGGCACCCCGAGGGAGGAUCGGGUGGACUUGAGUUCACCGAUGUGGCUUCACUCCAGUGGAUGGGACCCGGGCAAGGAUACGGUCGUGCUAAUCCAUGGAUACGGAGGCAUCCAGGAUCAUUUGCCCAUUGGAGUUUUACGGGAUGCCUACCUGACGACGCGGCGCUACAACACGUUCGUGGUGGACUGGGGCCCGCUGGCGGCGAUCCCGUGCUACGCGGCGGCCGUGCACAACAUCAAGCCCGCGGCGCGGUGCGUGGCCCAGCUCCUGGGCUUCCUCCGCAACUCCGGCGUCCCCGUCCGGCGGACGACCUGCGUCGGGCACAGCCUCGGGGCCCACGUCUGCGGGGUCGCCGCCAACUACAUCAACUUCUUCAUGCACAGGAUCGUCGGAUUGGACCCUGCGCGCCCACUGAUCAGGAACAACCUGAAAAAUCGGCUGGAUCCGGGCGACGCGGAAAUAGUGCAGGUCAUCCACACAACGGCGACCUACGGCGACCCCAGGCGGCUGGGCACCAUCGACUUUUGCGUCAAUGGAGGUCGCCUUCAGCCAUUCUGUGCAGAGUCAUCAAAUCAAGCCUUGUGCAGUCAUGCGCGGAGUGUGUGCUACAUGGCUGAGAGCUUGGACGUGCGGACGGCAAAGUGGGGCGUGCCCUGCGCUAGAAGAUGCUUGAGUGACGUCACCGGAAGAAAACGACCGAGCUGGAUGCGAAGAGCCGCCGGUCCUCUGUCUGUUCCUCUCGGCCAACAUACACCCGACAGCGUUUCAGGCACUUACUGCGUGAAUGACGCGGAGGCACCGUACUGCCAACGUGAGCCCGGUGGGAGAGGCAGCCCUCACUGCUGCCAACCUUAUCAACCUGAACCGGCCUUCCCUCUGGACACGGCUGCAUCUGACCAACCCCGACACUGAAGCCAGCGACAGGAUAAAGAUUGGAUUAUUCACAGUCGGAAAUAUUAGUCGUGCUUGCACAAUCAAUUUGCCUCCGGGUACCAAUUGUAAAAACCAAAAGCUGGAAGUACAAACGAUUACGUGCUAGAGCGAGAAUUUCAAAAGAAUCCAAACAAUAUUACUGGGUCAUUUCAAGGAUUUGGACGCACACAAAGGAUCAGCAUCAGCUUCAGUUGAAUUAAUUUCAAGUUCAAUUGCGAUUCUUUGAGAGAAGAAAAGUGUAGAUUUCAAAAAACCUGACUUGAUUUUUAAAAUGAAGUAGAUAACCGAUAACCCACGAGAAGACAACUGACAUAUUUUCAGUUGCGUUCAUGAGUUUUGGUUCGAAUAAAAUGCACAAAAUGUUGAAGGUACAUUUCGUUUGAUACGAAUAACGACUUGGUGAGAGAUAGAAUACAACUAUGAAGAUUAACAAUUGUCUACAUGUUUUCCAAGGGUAACGU